AUGGACGAGGAGUCAGCACCAAUAUAUCACUUUGUCGCAGUGCUAGAUCCAAAAAUUUAUGUUUAUGACCAUAUGCCUAGUUCAGUGACCUCCAACCCGUCUCGCAAGCGUCAAUACAUCAUUGCUGAAAAUAUUGCCCAGUUUCCUAAACCAGAAAACUUCCUCGAAAGAGCAAUGAGCUCAAGGUCCCGGAGUAGAAAGCGACGCGCAGGUUCUCCUCCAUCAACAAGCGCAGAUACAAGGGGUACCACCAAGUCCACGAGCACCACACCCUAUAAUCGUAACUUCCAGCAGAAUCUAAUUGAUCAUGGCGUUUACCCCGACGGAUAUGAAUAUCCGGAUGGUCAAAUACCAGCAAUGCCAAAUAACUGGGAGGAGAUCAAUGUAACACUAGCUCGACCCCGGCCCUCCCUUUCCCCAUCAAAGUUCUCCGAUGAACAUUUCCGGAAAUUCAAACGAGCAGAUACCCACGCAUCUAAAGAACAACCGGUCACAACGUCAGUGAUUCCUAUCAUCGAAGGUGAUGUUGAUGAUCCCAAAUGCGCUGGAGGGGGAUACCCGCUUGGAAACCUUGCCCCCUUAACUGAUGGCACACUGGCUCAGGCCAAGCCAGAUCACUUGUACGGCGCGCGUCCUGAACAGCUGAAUCGCCAGAUCCGCAAUGAACUCCGCGACUAUAUCAUCCCAUCAACACAAGAUGAUCUUCCGAUUGUACCGAAUUUCUUUUUGGAAGCAAAAGGCCCCGAUGGAUCCUUGGCUGUGGCUACACGGCAGGCUUGUUAUGAUGGCGCACUAGGAGCUCGGGGUAUACACGCUCUCCAGUCAUUCCAACAAGACGGAUCAAGGUCACCUUACGACAACAAUGCUUACACUCUUACAUCAAUUUAUCAUGGCGGUACACUCAAGCUGUACACAACUCAUCUCACUGAGCCCAACGGCCCAGGCCAUCGCCCUGAAUAUAGUAUGACCCAACUCAAUACUUGGGGCAUGACUGGGAACUUGGAAACGUUUCGGCAAGGAGCAUGCGCAUAUCGAAAUGGUCGGGACUGGGCAAAGGAAAAGAGGGACGAAUUUAUUAGGACGGCAAAUGAAGCAAACUCAAAGGCUCAAUCUCAGCUACUUCAUUCAACAUCUCAGAGCCAGACAGCUUCCGAGGCAGCUCCUACCAUGGACGACUCUGAUGUAUCGACGUUGUCUGACGAAGCGGAGUAUUCAAAUGCGCAAUGGAGCUUCGCAGCUACAAUGGAAGAAGGGGAAGAAGAGAUUCUUAGCAGAAAUGCCAAGAAGCCGAGAGAAGGCCAUGCUUGCGAGGCACCAGAGCCGUGGGCAGAGGCCUCUCACGUGUGCCUGGGGGAAGGGCGGAUUCUGGAUUCUGAGUGCCAAGAAUUGGGGCCCUUGGCUCAGUUAGAGAGGGCUUGGAGUGCCGCGGCGCCCACGGCUUGA